UCAGCUUUUUUAUCAGAGAAAAGCACAGCUGCUCUCUCUAUAGCCUGGUGUGGUAGAGUGUGCUGCCCGGUCCUAGGGGACUCGAGGGGUGACAGCCUCUUUGUGUCCAGAGGAGCCAACAUUGGGGGUCAGCCAGGUAGCCAUGGGGCUGCUGAGCGGGGAUGCGCUGUUGCCUGUGGCCGUGGCUGUGGCCGUGGCCGUCUUCAUGCUGCUGGUGGACCUGAUGCACCGGCGACAGCGCUGGGCUGCUCGCUACCCACCAGGCCCCAUGCCAGUGCCCGGGCUGGGCAACCUGCUGCAGGUGGACUUCCAGAACCUGCCGUACUCCUUCUUCAAGCUGCGAAAUCGCUUUGGAGAUGUGUUCAGCCUGCAGCUGGCCUGGAAGCCAGUGGUCGUGGUCAAUGGCCUGGAGGCCGUGCGCGAAGCCCUGGUGAAUCACAGCGAGGACACUGCAGACCGGCCACCUAUGCCCAUCUAUGAGCACCUGGGCUUAAGGCAGAAUUCCACAGGAGUGGUCCUUGUCCCCUACGGACCCGCCUGGCGUGAGCAGCGCCGCUUCUCCUUGUCCACUCUGCGCAACUUCGGCCUGGGCAAGAAGUCGCUGGAGCAGUGGGUGACUGAGGAGGCCGCCUGCCUCUGUGUCACCUUUGCCAACCAGGACGGACGCGCUUUUAGUCCCAACACCCUCCUGAGCCAAGCGGUGUGCAACGUGAUUGCGGCCCUCAUCUUUGCACGUCGCUUUGAGUACGAUGACCCGGGCUUCAUCAGGAUGAUGGACCUGGUACAGGAGUCUAUCAAAGAGGACUCUGGCUUGAUGCCCCAGGUGCUGAACGCAGUCCCCAUGCUCCUGCGCAUCCCUGGGGUAGCUGAGAAGGCCUUGCCUGGACAGAAGGCCUUUCUGGCCCUGCUGGAUGAGCUGUUGACAGAGCACAGGAAGACCCGGGACCCAGCCCAGCCACCCCGAGACCUGACUGAUGCCUUCCUGGCCGAGGUGGAGAAGGCCAAGGGGAACCUCGAGAGCAGCUUCAAUGAUGAGAACCUGCGCAUGGUUGUGGCUGACCUGUUCACGGCAGGGAUGGUGACCACUUCGACCACGCUGGCCUGGGCCCUGCUGCUCAUGAUCCUGCACCCGGAUGUGCAGCGCCGUGUCCACCAGGAGAUCGAUGAAGUAAUAGGGCAGGGGCGGCGCCCUGAGAUGGGGGACCAGGCCCGCAUGCCCUUCACCAACGCCGUGAUUCACGAGGUGCAGCGUUUUGGGGACAUCAUCCCCAUGAGUUUGCCCCACAUGACGAUCCGUGACACUGAGGUGCAGGGCUUCCGCAUCCCCAAGGGCACAACGAUCCUCGUCAACCUGUCAUCGGUGUUGAAGGAUGAGACCGUCUGGGAGAAGCCCUUCCAGUUCCACCCCGGACACUUCCUGGACGCCGAGGGCCGCUUCGUCAAGCACGAGGCCUUCAUGCCGUUCUCAGCAGGGCGCCGCUCAUGCCUCGGGGAGCCCCUGGCCCGCAUGGAGCUCUUCCUCGUCUUCACCUGCCUGCUGCAGCGCUUCAGCUUCUCGGUGCCCGAGGGGCAGCCCCGGCCCAGUGACUUCGGUGUCCUCGGUGUCCCUUACUUCCUCGUGAGCCCAUCCCCCUACCAGCUCUGCGCUGUGUCCCGCUAGAAGAGGCCCCAGUGCCCCAGCGUGUCCCCAAGUGAGCCCCGGAGUCACAGUAAACCAGUCUGGUUGCUGCCACUGCCAA